GCAAACCCUGGAAGCCUGUUUUUUCCUCACAGACAGUCGCUAUAUUCUCCUGCUCUUUAACAUGACUGUAUAUGUUAGUGUAGGUCUGAUGUUUUCCUCCUCCAGCAGCUGUUCUCUCAUUGGCCUGGCUACAGCCGUGGAAGGUGUGGUCUGGAUGAGCGAUGCUGCAUCCUUUGUUAAACCGUGCACUUUAAUAUUGAAUAGUAAACAGUUAAGAAGCUGCAGCCGCAUGUGCUCGAUAUAAAUGUCAUGAUUUUGCUUUAUAUUUAUCAGAAAAGUCUACUUAAUCAAGGGAUUUCCAUUUUUUCCCUCAUCCCCACCUGUGGCAGGAAUUGAAGAUGUGUCCAGACAACUCAAAGGGAUUCAACGGAAGCUGCGACCGUAUCAAACUCGGAAACUUGGAUUGAACUCCGACUGAAGUUCAGGUAGAGAGAGGACCGCUGAUUGAACAGUUUUAAGGAUCGACACUUGACUUGGUGAGAGGGAAAAAACGCGAGACGCGUGCGCUUUCCUCUGACCAUGAUCAUGGGCACCAUGCGCUCCUCGCCGUGUGCGUAAGCUGCUGUGGAGGAUUCACACAUUAUGAGACGCCAUGGCAUGGUGUGACCGAGGGGUUCAGACUCUGCUGGCCAUCGCGGGGGCCUUCGCCGCCUUUAGUCUCAUGACCAUCGCCAUCGGCACCGACUACUGGCUUUACUCCAGGGCUUACAUCUGUAACGCCACUAACGCCACCACGGACGAGUCCCAGAUGCAAACCAAGAAAGUCAAAGGCGACCUAACGCACUCCGGGCUGUGGAGGAUCUGCUGUAUCGAAGGUAUCAACAAAGGAAGCUGUUUUCGGAUCAAUCAUUUUCCAGAGGAUAACGACUACGAUACAGACAGCUCAGAGUACAUCUUACGUAUAGUGCGUGCAUCAAGCCUAUUCCCCAUCCUCAGUAACGUUCUGCUGAUGUUGGGUGGCCUGUGUGUCGGGGUUGGACGCGUCUACAACAACAAGAACAACAUCCUGCUCAGCGCUGGCAUUCUGUUUGUGGCUGCAGGCCUGAGCAACAUCAUCGGCAUCAUUGUCUACAUCUCCAGCAAUGCCGGAGAUCCCAGUGACAAGAAAGACGAGGACAAGAAGAACCACUACAACUACGGCUGGUCCUUUUACUUUGGCGCCCUCUCCUUCAUCGUGGCUGAAGCAGUGGGCGUCCUCGCGGUCAACAUAUAUAUUGAGAAAAACAAAGAGACACGCUUCCGAGCCCGGCGUGACUUCAUCAAGACCACCUCCUCCUCUUCGCCAUACUCACGCAUCCCAAGUUACCGUUACAGACGAAGGCGCUCACACUCCAGUUCGAGGUCAAGUGACCCGUCCCGUGACCCCUCUCCAGUGGGGAUGAAGAUCGGUGGAGGAAGUGGUGGAACAGGAGGAGGAGGAGGAGGAGGAGGGUUGGGGAUGGGUUUGCCAAUGGGGGAUAUAUCUCUGUACGCCCUCAGUAGGGACCCUCUGAAGGGCGGAAGUGCGACUGCAGGGCCCUACAGUCCAGAGAGGGACUCUGGGUUUUUACAAGUCCACAACUGCUUUCAGAAGGAUGUGAAAGAUGGAGUGAACAGGAGGACCACGCCGGUAUGAGGUCAGGAGUGUAUGACUGUGUAAAACAAUAGGCUUGAUGGAGCACAUUAGAUAUUGUACAGCUGAUGAGAAAGGACAACUCCUCCCCGGGGCUGUUCAGGCAGCGGCAAUGUUGAAAGGUCAGGCCUCAAAAUUGUUUUUCCAUUGCGUCCCUCUGUGACAGAAAAGUGCCAAUCUGUGUUGCAUUUGGAGGAAGAGGGAAGGUGAUAUCAGAACAACUUUUUACGAUAUCUAAAAUGUGACUGCAGACCGUUUGUAGCAACAUUUGAAGAGUUUAAUUCUAAAAUAUGAUACCCACCAUGUGUAAGUGACUUCUCCUCCUCCUCCUGAAAAAUAUCGUAUAUCUUCGGGUGUUCUUUAAAAGAUAAUUGCUUGAUUAAAUAAUUAAGCUUUUAUAGACUUGAUGCUCAAUAUAAUACAGAUUCUGAAUAUUGAACUUCAGGUAAUGAUUUUUUGUAUAGCAUUUUGGAAAAGAACGUAUUUCUUUUAUUCUGAGACAAAAAGAUGUUUGUCUCCAAAGUUGUUUGCUCAAAUGAAGUGAUUCAUGUGAUUGUUUGAGUAUUAUUGUAUUGUAUUUGUUUGUAACUUAACACAACUGGUGCUAACUUAAUCUGUACACCUUUGAUAGUCUUAAGCCUUCUCAACUGCCAUUUAAAUACUCCUACUGUAUCUCAAUAACCUCUCUCUUAAGCUUGUGUGAGUCAGGUGGUAAAUAUGUGUGCUGCGGUAUGUGAAGUGUGUGUUAUUGCUCUGAGACACUGCCACGCUAUGACACAUAUGGAUUUCUGUAGAUAUAUAGCGACAAAAAUGACAAGGCACACAGUAAUGUUAGUACAUUCCAGUAUGCUGUGUGAUAUAUCAGUGUAAACAUUGUUUGUACAGACUGUGCCGUUUGCUCUCCAUUCGCUCAGGGACGAUGUAUGGACACAAAUGAAUCUUACUUUUAGAGAUGUAGAGCUUAUCACGAGAGAGAACAAAUAUGUUUCAGUUGUUUUCCUUAUCUAAGCCAGACAGACUGUUACUGUGUGUAAAAACAGAGGUGAGAUCACGCUGUGUGUGUUGCUGUUAAUUAACAUGUGUCUGUACUGCCUUUGUGUUAAGAGGGUUUUUGAUAUAUUUGUAGUCGAUGCGGAACUUCUAUUCAAAGUAUUUCUGUAGUCUUAUUGCCCCAUAUCAAUUUGUUGUCAUUAUAAUUUCAAAGGAAUUGAGAGUUUGUGUUAUGUGACGUCCUGAAUUUGACAACUAUCUUUGCAUGACAUUGAAAAAUGGCAUUAUUAUGGCAAUGGAUGGCUACAUCUGUACACAUAUCCAGUUAAUCUCAUGAUCUGUUCAGGGGUUAAAGGGUGAGUUUGGCAUUUUUCAACUUGGUCCCUGUUUUUACAUGUUUUUGUGUCUAACUGACUA